AGGCACAGAGGAGAACAGGACCAUCUACAGAGCUCGCAUCCCCAGCGCUGGCUUCUUCCACUGCUCCGAAACAGGGCUUGGCUUUGAGGUGAGCACAGCAGUGACCGUCGAGUACGAAUACAGCUCCUGGGCGGAGAGUCUGAGCCCAUCUGCCAGGCAGGAGUGGAUGGUCGCCGGCCCCCUGUUCCACAUCAGGGCCGAGCCCGACACGGUGCGAGCCGUGCACCUCCCCCACUUUGUGUGCCUUGCAGAUGGAACAGAUGAAAGCUUGUGCUGCAUUGCCCAUUUUGAAGCUGGCUGCAUGACCCUGGAGAGUCCAUCUAGAAUUAAUAACUACUUUGCUGUCCUGAAGAAUCCCAGCUUCUCCCAGCUCGGCGUGCUUUGGAGAAAGAUACGUUCAACCAUAAAAUUUAUUCCCAUCCAGUCCCUUAUGCUGAUAUUCCGGACGCUCAGUGCUGCAGAUGUCACUCUCCACCUCUACCUGAUACCCAAUGACCACUCACUGAGGAAGGCCAUUGAAGAAGAAGAAAUGAAGUGGAAGUCAAAGCAUGUGCCCAAGCCUCCUCAGACUGACCCUCUGUACAUUGGGUCUCAGUACCAGGUGUCCGGUCCAUCAGAUCUUGAGAUAACCCCGAUGCAACUGCACUUCUGCUAUCGGAGCCCAGGUGAGCAGCAGUCGUAUAUUGAGAUCUACACCAAGGAGCUGGAGAAGGAAAUCAGGCUCCAUGUGAAUGGUCAAGAUGAUGGCAACUUGGUCUGGGAGGCCUUGGUGAGGCCAGGUAGGAUCAGCAGAUUGUAGUUCCAUGUGGAUGACAUUUUGAGCAGAACUUCAGGGGAGAUGGGGUGGUUAUUGUGAGUCAUGCUCAUGCUGGGAGCAGUGAUCUGGGAGAGGUACAGAGGCCCCAAUCCAAAGCCCAUAAACAUCUGUAGGAGACUUUCUGUUGACCUCAUUGGAUUUUGGCUGGGGCCCUAAAUAAGCUGUCAAAGAUUUGCAAUCUCCAUCACUGAGGCAAAUAAUCUUAUUCAACUGAACUGAGUCCUGUGGAUCAAACACCACUAAAUCUCCUUCCCCUUAACCAGGGCAGUUUGUUCUCCAACAGCGAGAUCUGCAUCCAUUGAGGGGAGCCAGGCUUGCUCCGUGGUGGGGCUCAUCUGGGGUCCCUGCAGGGAGGGCAGAUGUGACGUGGGCAGCAGUCUGCCACUAAGGAAAAGGAGCCCAAAAGUGAAUCCUAAUUUUGUCAGGUCCCAUCCCUGAAGACCCCAAAGGGAGAGAGGAACCAACUGUGGGGGGAGGGCAUGCACGGCUGGUCUCCAAGGUUCCCAGUGCAUAUAUAGCAAUGCAUCUGACUUUUUAACUUCAAUUUCCAAUUAAAAUAAAAUAACCAGGAUACACACCACAGCACAAGAGGGAAAGUGCAGCUCCACACUACAGGCAGAGAUAAGAGGAAUAUCCCCCUUUUACGGUACAUGGCCCAUCUUAAAAAAAUCCGAAAUCAUCCAUUCUACUCUCCAUCACUUUUUAACUUGCUGGAGAGAAAGCAUCAGCUAGCAGGUGAUCCCAGGCAGGAAUUACAGAGACUUGCUAACUUGUAUCACGCACUGAACAGGCACACAACGGACAGGACAGGACGAGAAAAGAGAGAAAACACACUCCAGAGCGGUAGCCAUGUGAGUCUGUAUCAGCAAAAAGCUGGUCUCUAACGUGCCACAAGUACUCCUCGCCCUUUGUAGAAAACACACUGUUAGGAAUGGAAAGUGUCACUGAAAAGUGCAAAGAGAGGAACAACAAACCUGUGUUUGUGGCUGAUGUGCGGUGAACGACGUGAAGAGGGGAUGAAUUCUCUGCUCAAACAUCUGGAAAGACUCCAUUCAUUAGGGCUUCUAGUUAAAUUCAGCUGAGAAUGAGAGACAGGAUUUUGUGUUCCUAAUCUCUCUGUUUCUCUGCCAAGAGCUGCUGACCCUCUCAAUAUCAUAGUCAGUGUGAAGAGACUCACACACUUUGCAUCCUCCCUAAGGAAGUUAGUCCAGCGAGCUCUAAACAGCACCACCUUGCGCCCCAGAGAGAGGGUAACUUAUUUCAGAGGAUGCUCUAGUGUCCCCCAGAAUAAUGCUUAAAUCCUAAGCCCCUGUGAUGUGACAAGUUCCCAUCCUACCCAGGAAAGAUUAAUGAGCUCCUCCCUGCACACUCAGCUCAAACCCAAUACACCUGUGAGGCCUCUGCAGCCUGGGGAAGGCUGGCUCCUUGGGCAGUGGGAGGUGGCACUCAGAGCUCCAUAGCAGAGCUCCCAACCCACCCCCAGCAGGGACUGGCCACUAGAGCCGCAGCUGCCUGGACUCUCUAGAUAAGUAAAGGGACCUUUUUCCUUGGGUUUUUUUUGUUUUUCUCUUUGAGCCUGGACCUCUCAGACUGAUAAGGCGUUACAGACUCAGCUCUUGCUUGGAGACUGUUACUCCAUUCACCUUACAAGGACAACGGGUGAACUUAGGCUGACUGGGGGACAACAGGAUGGUUAUAUUGUUCUCUUUUCUAUUUAGACUACUGAUAAUCCCUAGAAACAGGGGAAUUACCCCUGAGACUCCUAGCCAGAGGGAUAUUCCCCACCCACUCUCCUGUGGCAGACCAACAUUAUAGUAACACUUGCAGCCAGAGAAGGGUGUUUGGGACAGAGGAAGUGCAUGCCCCCCCCCCCACGGAGUGAUCUGGAAAGGGGACUCUCAACCCUUCCAGACUACUGUACCCCUUUC